AAUUAAAAAAACUCAGUAACACCAGUCUUACUACUACUGCUACUAGUGUACUUUCAAAGCUCUUGCUUCUUCCUCCAUUCUUCUUCUCUGGUAGAUCCACACCAUCUUCUUCUCCACUUUCUCUCUCCUCUCCUCAACAAUGGAGACGAUGAAGUUCUUCGCAGCGUCAUCAAUGGCGAUUUUGCUCAUCUUAUGCUUCGUUGCCGACAUUGAAGCGUCGGUGCACGAAUACAGAAGUCAGAAAUUCGUUUCCAAAGGUAACUCAUUCGUUGUUUAUGGCGGAAGUGAAGGAAUCUACGCUCCUUCCAGUAGAUAUCCUGGUGAUUCCUUUAUUCGAUUUGAGAAGAUUACACUUCAAAGGCCCAAGUCAUCGUCUAAUUUUAGCUCAAGGGUGCAUGCCAUACUUUUUGAGGUGGAAGACAGAGAAACAAUUGGUGGUUCUGCAUACGGAGGCCAGAGAGCUGUUUGCUGCACCCAGGACCUUGCAAAACUUGGUGUUUGUAAACAGGGAGAUCUAAUUCAUCGACAAUCGACAAAAAAUCCUGGCUGGCCACAAGUUUCUGGUGUCUCAUUUGAGGUUGAUGAACUUGAAGCAACAUUCACAUCUAGAUCAAUUCAGGUUACUAAAACUGGGAUGUACAACUUAUAUUUUAUCCAUUGUGAUCCGAGUCUUCAGGAUGUGGUUGUAGAGGGGAAAACUAUUUGGAAAAACCCUACUGGUUAUCUACCAGGUCGAAUGGCUCCACUCAUGAAAUUCUAUGGGUAUAUGUCUCUUGCAUUUGUAAUUCUUGGGAUCUUUUGGUUCAGUCAAUAUGCAAGAUCUUGGAAAGAAAUUAUUCCCUUACAGAAUUGUGUAACAUUAGUCAUAACAUUGGGCAUGUUUGAGAUGGCCUUCUGGUACUAUGACUAUGCUGAAUUCAACAAAAGUGGAAUAAGGCCUGUUGGGAUGACUGUGUGGGCUGUAACUUUCGGCACAGUGAAACGUACCGUUUCACGUCUACUCAUCCUGAUGGUUUCGAUGGGCUACGGAGUUGUUAGACCUACUCUUGGUGGUAUCUCAUCCAAAGUUACUAUGCUUGGAGCAACUUUCUUUCUUGCAUCUGAGGUUCUGGAAUUGGUGGAAAAUGUUGGUACCAUCAGCGAUCUUUCAGGAAAAACUAGACUGUUUUUGGUUCUGCCAGUAGCUUUGUUGGAUGCUUUCUUCAUAUUAUGGAUAUUCAAAUCCCUAUCUGCUACUUUAAAUAAGCUUCAGGCUCGUCGGAUGAUGGCUAAAUUGGAUAUCUAUCGGAAGUUCACUAAUGCUUUGGUAGUAGCUGUUAUUUUGUCAGUUGGUUGGAUAUGCUAUGAGUUAUAUUUUAAGGCAAAUGAUACACACAAUGAGCAUUGGCAGAAUGCAUGGAUUGUUACAGCAUUCUGGCAGGUUCUUUCCUUCUCUUUACUAACUGUGAUAUGCAUCCUCUGGGCGCCUUCGCAAAAUUCAACAAGGUAUGCUUACUCAGGAGAUGAAGAUUUUGAUAAAGAUGACACUCUGACUCUCAUUAAGCCAGCCCCAUUCCCUUCAAGCGAUAUGCGAACCGACCCCCAUCCAUCGCAAGACAGCAAUAAGCUGUCUAACGAUGACUCAGAAGAAGAGAAGACUGCCUGAUUUGCGUACUCCAUAAAAUUUUCACUACAAAAAUUCAGUUUCAGCAUCUUGCUAUUUGAAGAAACCAAAUCUGCCCCUCAAAAGAAAUUAUUUACACGAGCGAAGCUUCAGAGGAGCAUGGGAGCAAGCAAAACGGCCUCAUGUUGGGAUAUUCUAUUAUUACUCCAGUAGUUGUUAGUUAUACUGAAAUUCAUUAAGGAUCAACCCGCAUUUCUUUAGUCUGUACUUACUAGUUAUAGUUAUAGUGAUUUGUUCUUUUUGAUGCACAUAAAUUUUGUGAUCGUUCAUGUUUUUCCUUCUAUCUUCAUUUAAAUAACUUUUACCUGAUUAUGUUUCAUUUGUUCAUACCCGUCUGUACUUUGUGAGGUUAAUGCUAAAAUUGCCGGUAAACUGUUGAUUAGUA